AUGAGCCCCUGGGGACUGCCCCGCGGUCCCGUCCCCCAGCUCGGAUGGCAGAGGCACAGGCAGGUGUCUGUCAGUGUCUCCCCACCUCCGGCUGACGCUGGGCGGGGGCUGCACGGCUCAGGGUGUCCCCAGGGCUACUUCGGGCCGGGCUGCGGGCGGCGGUGUCAGUGUGAGCACGGGGCAGCUUGUGACCACGUCAGCGGGGCUUGCACCUGCCCGGCCGGCUGGAGGGGAACCUUCUGUGAACGUGCCUGCCCGGCGGGCUUCUUUGGACUGGAUUGCCGUGGCGUCUGUGACUGUGUCGCCGGAGCCUCCUGUGACUCCGUGAGCGGCUCCUGCCUCUGCCCCGCCGGCCGCCGGGGCCCCCGCUGUGCCCAGGCCUGCCCAGCCCACUCCUACGGACACAACUGCAGCCAAGCCUGCACCUGCUUCAACGGGGCCUCCUGUGACCCUGUCCACGGACGGUGCCGCUGUGGCCCUGGCUGGAUGGGUUCCACUUGCCUGGAGGCCUGCCCCUCAGGCCUCUACGGCGAGAACUGUCAACAUUCCUGCCUUUGCCAGCACGGGGGCACCUGUGACCCUGUCUCAGGCCACUGCACGUGCCCAGAGGGCUGGGGUGGCCCAGCCUGUGAGGAGGAAUGUCUCCCGGGACGCUUCGGGGCCAGUUGCCAACACAGCUGCAGGUGCCUCAACGGUGGCCUCUGUGACCGGUACUCAGGCCGCUGCCUCUGCCCAGCUGGCUGGACCGGGGACGAGUGUCAGAGCCCCUGUGCCGAAGGCACGUUUGGGGCUCACUGCGAGGAGCGCUGUGCCUGCCGGCGGGGAGCCACCUGUCACCACGUCACGGGGGCCUGCCUCUGCCCCCCGGGAUGGAGGGGCUCGCAGUGUGAGAACGCCUGCCCGCGUGGCCGGUUCGGAAAGGACUGUGGCCAGCGCUGCCAGUGCCCGCCGGGCGCCGCCUGCCACCACGUCACCGGGGAGUGUCGCUGUCCAGCGGGCCUCACGGGGCCCAGCUGCGAGCAGGCCUGCCCGCCAGGCACCUUUGGGGAGCGCUGUGGGCAGAAGUGCCGUUGUCCCAGCGAGAACCAGACCUGCCACCCCGCCCUGGGGACCUGCACGUGUGCCGCUGGCUACCACGGUUCCGGCUGCCGGCAGCGGUGCCCCCCUGGGCGGUUUGGACCCGGCUGUGAGCAGCCGUGCGGGUGUCUCCACGGGGGCUCCUGUGAUGCGGCCACCGGCGCCUGCCUCUGCCCUGCUGGGUUCCUCGGGGCCGACUGCAGCCUGGGGGAGUAUGGCAGCCACGGUCAGUCGUAUUACAAUCAGAGGCCACCGGAGGGCAUGGCAGCCCGGCCUCCUUCUCAGCCCAGAGGGUGUGCCUGUGCGGAGGGCCGCCGCCUCCAGGAAGGCUUCCCUGACCACCUCCUGCCAGCUGGGCGGGCACUCCCGUGCCCUGGAGGCCGCUGGCCCCUUUCAUCCUGA